GCGGAUUUUUAUCAAUUUGAUCAACAAAGAGAUUGGUUCGUAAUUGCCAACUUUUAGAACAAACCGGUAAGUGGACAAGGAAUUUCUUUUGAAAUGAUGUCAAGAAAAGUAAUGCCAAAGGAAGACGCAGUUCAGGGAGGAUUGUAGUAUAAAUAAGAAGGAAAAGUCUUCUCAAAUAUCAAUUGAAUUUAUUCAGUAUCGAUAAAUCAUGUCUCAAGUAAGUGACUCUAAUUCAAGCCAAUAUCAGGAAAAGGGGAAUCACGAAGCUGAAACUUUCAGUGAAGAGUUGAAAGUGAACCCAAAUGCAACUGUUGUUCAUUCAACUGCUAAGUCUUUUGGUAUCAGAAAAGUUGAAAUUUUAGCUGAUCAAUAUGACAGUUUUCUCUUGAAAUUCAUACUUUAUGUCAGCGUUUUCAUUUGUGCAUACGUUUACUCUCUUGAUGGUACCAUUAGAUAUACCUUCCAAUCCUAUGCUACUUCUUCCUAUGCGCAACAUUCUUUGCUUUCCACUGUCACUCUUGUUAGAGCUGUUGUAGCUGCUGCUGCCCAGCCAUGUUAUGCUAGAUUGGCUGAUAGAAUUGGUAGAUUAGAAUUGAUUCUUGUGUCUAUUCUUUUUUAUGUUGUUGGUACUAUUGUUGAAUCUCAAGCUUAUGAUGUUCAAAAAUUUGCUGCUGGUGCUUGUAUAUAUCAAAUUGGUUAUACUGGUAUUAUGCUUUUAUUGCAAGUUACUAUUGCUGAUACUUCUAAUUUGAAUUGGAGAAUGGCUCUUUCGUUCAUUCCUGCAACUCCAUUUAUUAUUAAUACUUGGGUAUCUGGUGAUGUUCAAGUUGGUUUAUACAAUUCUCAUGGAUGGAGUUAUGGUAUUGGUAUCUUUGCCUUUAUUUUCCCAUUAAGUUGUAUUCCUUUGGUUUGUUGCUAUAUUCAUAUGUUGUUGAAAGCUAGAAAAACUCCAGAAUGGGAAUUGGUUCAUAGAGAAGAAAAAGAAUCUUCAAAAUCAAAAUGGAUCUCUUGGAAAAACAAUAUUAUCUUUGACGUUUUGAAAGAAAUUGAUGCUAUCGGUCUUCUUUUUGUUAUUUGCAUCUUUGGUUUUAUCUUGGUUCCUUUCACUUUAGCCGGUGGGGCUCAAGCUACUUGGAAAAAAGCCUCUACUAUUGCUCCUUUAGUUAUUGGUUUUGUUCUUAUUCCUUUCUUUGUCUUAUGGGAAGCUAAAGGAACUAACUAUCCAAUAGUUCCUUAUAAAUUAAUCAAGGAUCGUGGGGUUUGGGCAGCUUUAUGUAUUGCUGUAAUGAUUAAUUUCAUUUGGUACAUGCCAAAUGAUUAUAUGUAUGCCGUGUUAAUGGUUGGUUUAAAUACUUCUCCUAAAGCUUCCACUAGAAUCACUUCCUUAUAUUCUUUUGUAUCUGUCAUUGCUGGUCCAAUCAUUGGUAUUGCCAUUGCUUUAUUCAGAAGAACUAAGGGCUUCAUUAUUGCUGGUGUUUGUGUCUGGUUCAUCUCUUCCGGUCUUUUAUACUAUACUAGAGGAUCUAAUGAUGGUAUUCGUCAUGAAUAUUUUAAAAAUAUCUUGAUUUUCAGUGAAUGUUUACUGGGAUUCGGUGCUGCUCUUUUCACUUAUACCACCCAAGUUUCUAUUUCUGCUAAUACCAAUCACGAGUUUACUGCUGUUAUCAUCUCGUUAUAUUUAGCUGCCUAUAAUAUUGGUAGUGCUUUUGGUGCUAGUGUUUCUGGUGCUGUUUGGACUCAAAAAAUGUAUGGUUACAUAAUAGAGGAAAUGACUAAAGCUGGUGUAGAUACCAGCUUAGCUCUUGAAGCUUACAGUAAACCUUAUGAGUAUAUUGUUAAGUACACUUGGGGUACUAAAGAAAGAAUUCCUGUUGUUUUAGCUUAUGCUAAAACCCAAAAAAUCUUAUGUCUUAUUGGCUUAGUUUUAUGCGUUCCAUUGCUUUGCUUUGCCUUCUUUUUAAGAGACCAUAAAUUAGAAUCCGUUCAAUCUUUAGACCAAAGCCAUGAUCAUGAUGAAGGUGUUAAGGCUCAAGAAGGGAAAGAGUCGACAAUUGUUCUCAAUGACUACGAUGAAGAUGCAAUCAUUAGAUUCUUCCAAAAAAAAUUAAAACGUAAUUAAUUCUCUUC